GAGAGUUUUCACACCGACCACGGGCUCGUCUUCGUGAAAAGGAACUCCCGCGCGGAGGUCUUAAAAGUGUAGGAGGGAUGGCAGAAAAAAGCAGGUGAACAAGAGUUGUGGUGCCGUGGCCUUGCGGUGUGUUUGUUGGUAGACCUGCUGGAGGCGUUGCUGGCGGGCUGGAGAGUAGUUUUUUUGCCGUGUCCGCAGGCCCCGCCGCCGCAGCACGUGAAGGUUCUCUUUGAGAAAGUGUUUACGCCACAUCUUGACGGCUUAAUUUCAGCCGGGCCUUGGGAUCGCAUUUAUAAUCCUGGGGUUCUGUCUGCGGUGAAACGUGUGAAAUACGAAACGAGAGUUCCUUUACUCCCAGGCUAUGGUAUGAAGGCACAGCACCCUGCCCCGUCCGGUCUGGUCAGUGCCUAGAUGGGAGACCGCCUGGGGACCAUAUGUGGGAUAUUCUAUCUACUUGGUACUGCUGUGUUAAAGACCCUGCUCCAGGUAGCCACAAGACAGAUUUCAGGGACAUGCAGCACCAUGGAAAAGGCCAGGAGAAUGUUUGAUGGAGAAAUGGCAAGUUUAAGUGCUAUUUUGCAAACACAGACGGUGAAAGUUCCUAAACCUAUAAAAGUUAUUGAUUUGCAAGAUAAUGGUACCCUGUUUGUGAUGGAGCAUUUGGAUAUGAGAGGUUUGAACAGACAUGCAGAAAAACUUGGAACACAGUUGGCUGAUCUUCACCUUCACAAUCAAAAACUUGGGGAGAAGUUGAAGAAAGAUGCGAACACCAUUGGUAAAGGGGAAGAACAGACAGAUGUGCAGUUUGUGGAAAAGUUUGGCUUUGACACUGUCACAUGUUGUGGUUAUCUUCCACAGGUGAAUGACUGGCAACAGGACUGGAAGACUUUCUUUGCUAGACAGCGAAUUCAACCUCAGAUGGACAUGAUUGAGAAGAACUCGGGAGACAGGGAAGCAAGAGAACUUUGGACAAAGCUCCAGCUGAAGAUACCUAGUUUGUUUGGUGAUAUGGACAUAGUUCCUGCUCUUCUUCAUGGGGAUCUGUGGGGAGGAAAUGUAGCCGAGGUUGACUCUGGGCCUGUUAUCUUUGACCCUGCAUCUUUUUACGGUCACUCUGAGUAUGAGUUAGCAAUUGCUGGGAUGUUUGGUGGCUUCAGUGGUUCAUUUUAUUCUGCCUACCACAGUAAAAUCCCCAAAGCACCAGGGUUUGAUAAACGGCUCAAGCUGUACCAACUAUUUCACUAUAUGAAUCAUUGGAAUCACUUUGGAGGAGGGUACAGAGGCUCAUCUAUCAAUAUAAUGAGAAAUUUGGUAAACUGAUUUCCCACGUGUAGCUUCUAUUUCCUUGUGAUGAAAAAAAUGCAUAUACUCACACUUUGGUGUUUCAGCUACACUAAUGUGUAUAGGCUACAUUAGAACCUGAGCUUGUACCUUCUUUCCAUAGCUAAAGAUCAAGUUGUGCUGUGCCCUAGGCUUGAUGUCCCAUUAUUGCAGUUUAUCAAAGAGCCGUCCAAGAGGGUAACAAACAUUAGAUGUGAAUGAAAGGCUUUUUGCUGCUGAGGUGGUACCAUAGAUCUGUCUUGGUGGAUUAAACUAGAGAAAAUUCCUCCUGUGGAACUAGAUUGGAAUAAAUCUUUGCAGGUGCCAAAGGAAAAGAAAAAUCCAAAUAGGGCAUUGGGUCACACAUUGUUCAUACAUACACAUUCAACUAGAUGGCUUUCACCUUCGUAGUUUGGUAACACGUACUAAAGGAAUAUAGCAGCACUAUUCUAUUUAGAUUUAAUUGGAAGCAUGCCUGAGUCUCAGGGGGCUUAAUUCCAAGUAAGAGUAUACACUUCAGUGGUUCUUUUUCAGUGAGCAUUCUCAGUAAGGCUCUAAUGGCUGAAGUCCACAUCUGUAACAGGUGGACUCUACCUGGAUUAUUUGUAUUACCACAAUUAAUGGUGAUUUGCUUCCAUGUUGUGAGGUGUCAUCUAUAAACCUCCAGGCUAGAGCCCCUUGCUGGUCAGCACAAUCUUGCCUUCCAGAUUAAACUGCUGACUUCUAAUGUGUUUUCUGUCCCUGGUGGACUAGCUGUAUUUAUAGGCAUAUGUGGCUGUUGCAGACUUAUUUUCUUAUGGCAGCAUGCUGGAAUCCAUGCCUUGAAUUAAUUCCUUAAAAGAUUCCUCUGUUGAACACUGAAUUCCUAUUGAUAAAAUGAAGUAAAAUGCCUGCUGACAUAGUAAUGCAGGAAAAUUUCAUCAUCAUUAAAGUAUUCCCAUCACCACCCUGGUUUGGGGAUGCCAUGCACAGUAUCACAACACUCAAUUAAGAAAGCUGCUCUCUGUUUUAGGGUCACACUAUCAUGUAAUGUUUGCCUAGGAUUGCCAACUCUUUUUCCAACAGGGCUCUCAUGGCAAAAUUUUAAGUGCUGAAUGUGAUGUUCCUAUAUUAAUGUAUAUAUGGUAAGUGUUGGUUGUUUAGAAGAUACAUGGUAAGUGGAGUGAAAGAGGAGGGGGAGUGAAUGGGCAGUAGAAUGCUGGAUGAUUGGCUGAAUGUUUAAAAUGGCUGACAGUAUAAAAGGAAGAGUGAGAGUGGAAUCUGGGGGAAGAAGAGAAAGAGUGGGUUGUUUGGUGGGUUUGAGAGAGUGGUUUACCAGGAGAGAGUGGAGAAGGAGGGGGGUGGAGUUCGGAUUA